CAACUCUACAUCAUACAUUUUUGAAAAAGAUACAAUCUCUACUCAAAUUGCCCUAUUCUAACAGGAAAUCACUAUAAUGGCUAUCCAGAAGACUCUUAAUUUGAACGCGCCGUUGAAUGCCAACACUAGUGCCACUCUCAAGAGUACUGAACUUGUUCCAGAGCUUGCAGAAGCCAGUUUGACUUUACAUGGUGAUAACUAUAGACAACGUCAAGUUCGAUGUAACAGAUUUGUAUUCUGGCAUCCCAUUUCAAUGACUUUCUUUACAGCUAGUUUAGUCUUGUAUGUCUGUGUUCAAUAUAGAGAUUAUGUUCUGCAAGCUGACUCCAUUGGUGAAUUUUUUGAGUUUGCUCUUGAUGAUCGUGAUUUUCUUUUCCGUUUAUUCAUGACUCUUCCUGGUAUUGUUUGUUUAGCUGCCUGUGUUAGUUGUGUUGCAUACUUUCUUUCUGACGAUUUUAGAACUAUUUCAGACAAACUUCCUGAACAUGGAUAUGUUAAUGAGCUCUAUGGUUUCAACUUACGAAACUAUGCUAAACUUCCAGAAGGUGGUAAGAAUGUGACAACUUCCACUGAAAAGGAAUUAUUGAAGAAUGGGAAGAAUUCCUCGCUCUUAAUCUACCGUGACUCUCCUAUUGCUAUUGCUACCGUCAAACCAUUGUUGGAAAAAUCAGAUCAAGAGAACUUUUUUGUACUGGUAACUGGUUUACAUAUUAGAAAAGUCUUUGCUAAAGUUGAUUUCGAUGACUUGUUGCUCGAUUGGGUUAACCAAAGAGCCACUGAGUUGUUGGGUGAAUAUAUCAAAACUAAUAAAAAGAAUAAAGGUGCUAAGGUAACUAUUUUAGUCGAAGUGUUUAACUUUGAAAAGGAAUUUAUAAAGACUUUAGAGAGCAAGUUUUAUUCCAAGGUUAAUGUUUCAUAUGAUUUAAAUACUUUCCCAGAAAUAGUUGCUGCUGAAAAUGCUAGUCAUGUCAAGAACAGAACUAAAAAAUCUACUCGUUCUGUCUUAAAGGGUGUAUCAAUUGAAGCUGCCAAUAAAUUAUUUGGACUUCAAAAAUUCACAUAUGCUCUUACUGUAUCGAAAAAGACCGUUGUUGAAGAUAUAGUUCCAUCCACUAAUGACACUCCAUUAAAGAAAAGAAAGUAAUAGCACUCAAAAUUAAAAAUUAAAAAAAACGAAAUUAUUCUACUACUUAUACUAAUAUACUAAU